AUGGCUCUCCUUCCCUCCUGGGCCUGGGUACUGGCUGGCUGCCUUUCUGCUGCAGCAGGAGCUUCUGAUCUCUCUGGCCUGUAUCCUCCGCUCUGGGAGGAGAGUCCCGGGCAGUUCAGUGACUACAGGGUGGAGAAUGGGAAGUACAUUAUUGACCCCUGGAUAUUCACUGAGAGAAUGGGGGCAUAUAGAAUCCUACUGAACCAGACAGCCCCAUAUUUUGAAAAAUAUGCUCCAGAAAAUGAACAAAAUAUCUUGUGGGGUUUACCUCUACAGCAUGGCUGGCAAUACAGUUCUGGAAGAUUAGUUGAUCCCACUGGAAGGACAGACUGUGGCUAUGAAUCUAGAGACCACCUGUGCAUCUCUGUGGACAGUUGGUGGGCUGAUAUAAAUUAUUUUCUGAGUAUGCUGCCUUUCCUUGCUGCGGUUGAUUCUGGCAUAAUGGGGAUCUCGUCAGAGCAAAUCACACUUUUGCCCCCACCUAAAGACCAGACGAAGUUUUGUUAUGAUGUUGCUGGCUGCUGGUCAACCUUCCCUGACAUAAUGGAGAAAUGGACUGCCUUCUUUCAGUACAUGCAGUCACCUUCUAGUGACUUUGAUGGUCUCCUGAAUCACCUAUGGGUUGCACAUACUUCAUCUUUGAAAUACCCUGUCACCAUCUUUGAAGAUAGAUAUGCCUAUUAUGUUAACCCAGAAGCAGAUUUUGAGAAGAAUUGGGCUGUUGCUGUCAAUUACUUAGCUGCAGCCCAACUUCCUACAACCCUGACUCGAUCGCACAGUUUGCAGAAAGGCCUGGCAUCACGAAUGCUGCUGAGCACUGACAAAGCCCCUUUCAUCGCUGACUUCACCCCACUCCAGAACAGCGUCCUGGUGGCACUCUCUUCCCUUGGUGACACAGAUCGACUUACAGGAUCAUUAUCGUUGGCUGCAUGGAAAAUUUCCAUGAAGACAGAAGCUGCAAGGAAAUUUUUUCUACAGCUACUAGAAAACUAUGUGGCACUGUCUACUUAG